AUGUAUCUUAACCCUAGGUCCGAGGCUACCUGGUGCAAGUACUUUCCAACAACCCUCAAAAGUGUUGCACAAUCGUGGAUCACCAAAGGGGUAAAAGAAGGCUCUAUCUCUGGUUGGAAAGACCUUUCCAACAAAUUCAAGAGCAAAUUUUCUACGGCUAACCGCCGAGAAAAGACAACUGCAGAACUGAUGAGUCUGCAGCAAGCCGAGGAUGAGAGCCUCCACGAUUAUCUGACUCGCUUCAGCAACGAGUCAUCCAGAAUUACAAGUCUGGACCAGGGCCUCGCCGUAUUUGCAUUACGAAAUGGUCUGCAAGUCGGAAAGGGAUGGGAAAGCGAAAGGACAACUGUCCGAGGGCCCUAUGUGGAGCCAAAGGCCUUAGAACCGUCCUCGGCUGCCGAGCCAAAGAAAGAAAAGUUUGUUCCCUAUGCGGGGAGAUACGAUUCAUACACUCCCCUUACUCUUCCUCACGCUAAAAUUUACAUCACGACAAGAGACGAGGGGAGAUUCAAGAAGCCUCGGCCGCUGCCACCGUGGCAUCAGCAAAAGGGCAAAGACCGAUGGUGUGAGUUCCAUGAGUCUCCUGAACAUCGCACCGAGGAUUGCCUCCAGCUGAAGGACCAGAUCGAAGAUCUGGUUCAAAAAAACUAUUUGAAGAAAUACCUCACGGAUUGCCGCGAGGAGAAAAAAGCCGAGAGAGACUCUCAGCAAGAUUUGGACUUUCUCCAGAAAAAAGGCAAACAGCAGGACAAGGACAUCCUUGACAUCCUUGCCAUUUUCGAGGGAACUUCUCGAAGCGUAGUAAAAUGCCAUUUAAGGGGUUUAACCCACCAAGUAAAUCAUGCCAAACUUCGAGCGCCUCAGUCUCCGGUGCCGAACAUCCUAUUCACAACCGAACACUGUCAGGGGGUGGUGUACCCCCAUGAUGACCCAUUGGUGAUAGUGAUGGGCAUCGCAAACUGCAACGUCUGGCGAACCCUCGUCGAUGGCGGCAGCGGGGCGAAUAUCCUCUUUCGGGGAGCAUUUGACCAACUGAAGAUGGAAGCCAAGCACCUUAGUCCGGUACCCUACCCGGUAUCCGGAUUCAAUGGCUCUUCAUCAUAUCCAGAUGGGAAGACCCUUCUUCCUGUCACCGUCGACAAAGGCCGAGCAGUGCGGUGCAUCAUGGUUGAAUUUCUGGUCGUGGAUGCCCCCUCUGUGUAUAACGUGAUCAUGGGGAGACCCCUCAUUCACGAUAUCCAAGGAGUUGUCUUGACGUACCAUCAAACGAUGAUAUAUGUUUCGGUCGAGGGACACUCCGAAAGAAUAAAGGGCAGCCAAAAGGAAGCCCGAAGAUGUAACCACCUCAAGCCAUCCAAGGGUCGCCGCAGCGACCAAGAUGAUGAGGAGGAGAAAGAGCGAGACCACAGUGCGAAAAAUCCUAGAGGCUUAAGGGCUUCGGCCCAAGGAACCCCAGCCAAAGAAAAAUCUAUAAGGGGCGAAAAGGCUAGUUCUUCGUCUGAGCCGAAAGACUCAGAAGAUCAGCCGAAGUCUAGAAGGCAUGCUGAUAUUGACAGCAAGCCGAAAUCCGAAGAAUCUAGUGCCAAAGCUAUGGAACUGGAUAAUUAG